GGUCGGUACAAUAUCAACCACAGCUCAGCAUGGAAUUUCCAGAGAGGUUUUAUUUCAAAACUUUGUAAAGAUCGAGAACCACAUGGACUUCUGCAAGGGAGAUUGAACUGGCCUGAGUUUGAGCAAAAGGAUAAUGUGUGCCCAGCCUGUAACUAACACCAAAGAGGCCAGGUGGCAGAAGGUCUUGUAUGAGCGACAGCCUUUUCCUGAUUACUACGUGGAUCAGACGUUCCUGGAAGAGCUCCGGAAGAACGUCUAUGCCCGGAAAUACCAAUAUUGGGCUGUGGUAUUUGAGUCCAGUGUGGUGAUACAGCAGCUGUGCAGUGUCUGUGUUUUUGUGGUUAUCUGGUGGUAUAUGGAUGAGGGUCUUCUGGCUCCCCAUUGGCUUUUUGGGACCGGCCUGGCUUCUUCACUGAUUGGCUAUGUUUUGUUUGAUCUCACUGAUGGAGGUGAAGGACGGAAGAAGAAUGGGCGGACCUGGUGGGCUGACUUGAAGAGUGCCCUAGUCUUCAUACCUUUCACGUAUGGCUUUUCGCCAGUGCUGAAGACGACAGAGUCCGUCAGCAUUGACACCAUCUAUGCCAUGUCAGUCUUCAUGCUGUUAGGCCACCUCAUCUUCUUUGACUAUGGUGCCAAUGCUGCCAUUGUAUCCAGCACACUGUCCUUGAACAUGGCCAUCUUUGCUUCUGUCUGCCUUGCCUCACGCCUGCCCCGGUCCCUACAUGCCUUCGUCAUGGUGACAUUUGCCAUCCAGAUUUUUGCCCUAUGGCCCAUGUUACAGAAGAAACUGAAGGCAUGUACUCCCCGCAGCUAUGUGGGAGUCACACUGCUUUUUGCAUUUUCAGCCUUGGGAGGCCUGCUGUCCAUUAGUGCUGUGGGAGCCAUACUCUUUGCCCUUCUGCUGGUUUCCAUCUCACGUCUCUGCCCUUUCUACCUCAUUUGCCUGCAGCUUUUUAAAGAAAACAUUCAUGGGCCUUGGGAUGAGGCUGAAAUCAAAGAAGACUUGUCGAGGUUCCUCAGCUGAGUUAGGGACCUCCAUUCCAUUACUGAGACAAGCUGAUAGACCAGCCUUCCAACUAGUAGGAGAUUUGAAGGCAGAGUUCCAUUCUGGAAGUGGCAUAAUGAUGUGGGUGGGAGAUCAGAGAUCAAAAGAAAAAAAUUACCCAUAGGCUUGGGCAGUGAAGGUGCUUAUCCUUUCUGUUACUUUGUUGAUGAAAAAGCUUCCUGGGGCCCUCUUGAAUUAUUGCCUCUCAUUAUUAUU